AUGUGGAUGUUCUCUUGGCUUUGUGUUAUUUUAAUUAUUUUGGCUAUUGUUGGUAUGGACACAAUAGCGAAGACCACACCGUAUACCAAAUUUACGAAGAAAUCUGAGGGAAAAGCGAUGCCGAAGGGCCUAAAGCCGUCCAGUGGCCCACUUCCGGAAGAGGAAGAAGGAACUCUCUUCCCAGAAGUGGGUGAAGUGGCGGAACCAAUGCCUGACCCCUUGGCCCUCGAUUCUGCCUUUGGCACUGCCACUCUCUACCCCUCUGAGAACCUCACUCUCGACACGGCUGACUUCUUUUUGAAUUGCUGCGAUUGCUGUUCAUCUGCACCAGGGCAAAAAGGAGAACCCGGAGAGACCGGACAGUCAGGCCUUAAGGGAGAUGCUGGUGCUAUGGGGAUCCCAGGGCCACCAGGAGUCACUGGACCCCAAGGUCCAAAAGGCCAGAAAGGAGAGAAGGGACUUAAGGGAGAACGUGGGGACCAAGGAACAAGUGGGGUUCCAGGAUACCCAGGAAAACCUGGAGAGCCAGGUGGACUUGGUCCUAAGGGGGACAGAGGAAACACCGGACUGGCGGGAGUAAAAGGGCAAAAGGGCUUGAAGGGGGACACGUGUGCAAAUGGUACCAAAGGCGACAAAGGAGCCCGCGGGGCUGUGGGCUCACCGGGCUUGAACGGAGAGCCUGGCGCCAAGGGAGAGAAGGGCGAGAUGGGGGAGAAGGGCUGCUGCGGCGACUCUGGGGAGAGGGGCGAGAAAGGAGAGAAAGGCAAGCAGGGCGUGAAAGGGGAAAAAGGGAGCAGAGGCGACAAGGGAGCGGAAGGCACGAGCGGCCGCGACGGGCUGCCUGGGGCCAAAGGGGACCCCGGGCUUAAAGGAGAAAAGGGAGACGCAGGUCCUCCCGGUCCUGUGGGGCCUGCGGGCCCGAAGGGUGAGCUUGGGAGCAAAGGGGUCCGAGGAUCUAUCGGGAAGAAGGGCUCUCGAGGCCUCAAAGGCUCCAAGGGCGAGGGGCCCAGAGCCGCGCGGGCGGCUUUCAGCGCUGCCUUGUCGAAGCCCUUCCCCGCUCCCGACGUCCCCAUCAAAUUCGACAGGGUUCUCUAUGACGCCCAGGGCAAUUACAGCCCGGCCACCGGCAAGUUCAACUGCAGCGUCCCCGGGGCCUAUGCUUUUUCCUACCACGUCACAGUGAGGAGCCGGCCUGCCCGCAUCAGCCUGGUGGCCCGGAAUAAGAAGCAGGUCAGGUCCCGAGAAACGCUCUACGGUCACGAAACAGACCAGGCCUCGCUCCUCAUCAUCCUGAAAUUAAGUGCAGGAGACCAAGUCUGGCUGGAAGUUUCAAAAGAUUGGAAUGGCGUGUACGUCAGCGCGGAGGAUGACAGCGUUUUUACUGGCUUCCUUUUGUACCCAGAGGAAACUCCUGAAACUUCUCCAUAA